AUGUCGCUAACUCCUUUCUUCGGUAACAGGAGGACCAACAUCUUUGAUCCUUUCUCUCUUGACAUUUGGGAUCCGUUCAAGGAUUUCCCUUUUCCUUCUUCUUCUUCCUCUUCUUCGCUUUUCCCUCGUGAAACCUCUGCUUUUGUUAGUACUCGCGUAGAUUGGAAGGAAACACCAGAAGCUCAUGUUUUCAAGGCUGAUCUUCCUGGGAUCAAAAAGGAAGAAGUGAAAGUAGAGAUUGAAGACGAUAGAGUGCUGCAAAUUAGUGGAGAGAAGCAUAUGGAGAAGGAAGACAAGAAUGACACUUGGCAUCGUGUGGAGCGUAGCAGCGGCAAGUUCUCUAGGAGAUUCAGGUUGCCGGAGAAUGCAAAGAUAGAUCAGGUUAAGGCUUCAAUGGAAAAUGGGGUUCUUACUGUGACUGUGCCUAAAGCAGAGGUCAAGAAACCUGAUGUGAAGGCUAUUCAGAUCUCUGGUUAA